UGCGGGGGAGCCGGCGGAGCGCGGCGGGGCGGCGGGGCCGGGCCGGGGAUGGGGCCGGGGAUGGGGAUGGGGCGGCGGGCGCUGCUGGGGGGCCGCGCCCCGCUCCACCUGCUGCUGCUGUGCCACGCGUGGGCACUGCCGCCCCCCCCGCGGGAGGCGCAGCCGCUGCUGCCCGCCCGCCUGCCCGCACCGCCGGGGCAGCUGGCCCUGCGCCUGGCCGCCUUCGGCCGCGCCGUCGUCCUCCGCCUGCGCCCCGACGCCGCUUUCCUGGCCCCCCGCCUCCGCCUGCAGCGCCUGGGGGGGCGCCGGCCGCCGGGACGGGCGCCGCCGCGCCGGGGGUGCUUCUACGCGGGGGGCGUCGAGGGGAGCCCCGAGGCGCCCGCCGUGCUCAGCCGCUGCGGCGGGGGGGGGCUCCGCGCCGCCUUCCUCCUCGACGGGGCGGCCUACGAGCUGCAGCCGCUCGGGCAUCCCGCGCCCGGGCCGCCCUGGCGCCGCCUGCACCGGCUGCAGCGCCGCGCCGCCCCGCCGGGCCCCCCCGCCGCGCCCGGGCCGCCGCCGCCCCGCCGCGCCCGCCGCUUCGUCUCGCAGGCGCGGUACGUGGAGACGCUGCUGGUGGCCGACGCGUCCAUGGUGCGCUUCUACGGGGAGGACGUGGAGAACCAUGUCCUGACCCUGAUGUCCAUGGCUGCUCGCAUCUACAAGCACCCCAGCCUGAAGAACUCCAUCAACCUGGUCGUGGUGAAGGUGCUGGUGGUGGACGAGGCGGCAGCAGGGCCAGAGGUGUCCGACAACGGCGGGCUCACCCUGCGCAACUUCUGCAGCUGGCAGCAAAAGUUCAACCCCACAAGUGACCGGCACCCGGAGCACUACGACACUGCCAUCCUGCUGACGAGACAGGAUUUCUGCGGACACCAAAGCUGCGACACGCUGGGAGUGGCGGAUAUUGGCACCAUGUGUGACCGCAACAAAAGCUGCUCGGUGAUCGAGGACGAGGGCCUGCAGGCAGCCUACACCCUGGCUCACGAACUGGGCCACGUGCUCAGCAUGCCCCAUGAUGACUCCAAGACCUGCGAGCGGCUCUUCGGGCCCCUCGGCAAGCACCACAUGAUGGCCCCUCUUUUCAUCCACUUGAACAAGACCCAGCCCUGGUCUCCUUGCAGCGCCAUGUACCUCACUGAGUUUCUAGAUGGAGGGCACGGCGACUGCUUGUUGGAUGCCCCAGCCAGCCCCCUGGCCCUGCCUGUGGAGCUGCCCGGCCAAAAAGCCCUCUACAGCCUGGACCAGCAAUGCCAGCAGAUCUUCGGCAAGGACUUCCAGCACUGCCCCAACACCACAGAGGAGGACAUCUGCGCCCAGCUCUGGUGCAGGACCGGCAGUGGGGAGCCCCUCUGCCACACCAAGAACGGCAGCUUGCCAUGGGCCGAUGGCACCCCCUGCAAAGGCGAUGGGCUAUGCUGGGAUGGCCGCUGCGUGCCACAAGAUGCCCUGAAGCCCCAGCCGGCGGUGGACGGUGGCUGGGGCCCAUGGAGCUCCUGGGGCUCCUGCUCCCGGACCUGCGGCGGUGGCGUGCAGUUCUCCUACCGGCACUGCGACAGCCCCAAGCCCCAGCACGGCGGCUGGUACUGCGAGGGCCAGCGUGCCAAGUACCAGUCCUGUCACACCGACGAGUGCCCGCCGGACGGGAAAAGCUUUCGGGAGCAGCAGUGCGAGAAGUACAAUGGCUACAACUUUACGGAUCUGGAAGGGAAUCGCCUGGAGUGGGUUCCCAAGUACGCGGGAGUGUCCCCCCGGGAUCGAUGCAAGCUCUUUUGCCGAGCCAGAGGGAGGAGCGAAUUUAAAGUCUUCGAGGCCAGAGUGAUUGACGGGACGCUGUGUGGACCCGAGACCCUCUCCAUCUGUGUCCACGGGCAGUGCGUCAAGGCUGGCUGCGACCACAUCGUUGGGUCCUCCAAGAAGCUGGACAAGUGCGGGGUGUGCGGUGGCAACGGCUCCACUUGCAGGAAAAUCUCCGGCUCACUCAACCGAUCCAAAUACGGCUACAACGACAUCGUCACCAUCCCCGCCGGGGCAACCAACAUCGACAUCAAACAGCGCAGCCACAGAGGAGUCCGUCACGAUGGGAAUUACCUGGCCCUGAGGACCCUGGAGGGCAAGUACCUGCUGAACGGAGACUUUGCCAUCUCAGCCAUGGAGCAGGACAUCCUCAUUAACGGGACCAUCCUGAAAUACAGUGGCUCCAUGACGACCCUGGAGAGGCUGCAGAGCUUCCGACAGCUCCCGGAGCCCCUGACCGUCCAGCUGCUGACCAUCGCUAGUGAGGUCUUCCCACCCAAAGUCAAGUACACCUUCUUCAUCCCCAAGGAUGUCCCUUUCAGCAAGCAGAAGGGCAAAGAGAAGAAGUCAGCCAAUGUCAUCCGACCGAUGCUGACCUCCCAGUGGGUCCUGGGCGACUGGUCCGAGUGCUCCAAGACAUGCGGCUCCGGCUGGCAGAGGCGGACGGUGGAUUGCCGAGACGUGGAGGGUCAAACCUCCUCCACCUGUGACAGAGCCCUCAAGCCUGAGGACAUCAAGCCCUGUGGAGAUGUCCCCUGCCCGCUCUGGCGCCUGGAUCCCUGGUCCCCCUGCUCCCAAACUUGCGGUGAGGGCAUGCGGACACGCAACGCCUCUUGCAUCGAUUACACCGGUAAAAUCACCGCCCCGGAGAAAUGCAGCUCACCGGGGCCACCGCCGGCCACCGCCACCUGCCUGCUGCGGCAGUGCUGAGCCGUGCCGGGACAGGCUCGGCAGCAAUGCGCCAGGGCAGGAUGGCGAGGAUGCCACGAUCUUGCUCACCAGACUAAUAACCACUCUCCAGCGGUUCAUCCCCACCCCAUCGAUGUCUACCUCAGAGGGGGGAAUACCGGCAGCAAAAUGGGGAGGAAUCACUUCUUUUCCUUUCUUUCUUCCUUUCUGGCUGGCUGCUCGCAGGCAAGUUAUAAUUUAAGGGGAAAAAUAACCGUAUCUGUAGGGUGUUUCCAAAGAGUUGUUGUUAAAUGUGGUUGCGGACUCUGUUUGUAAGGUUCGCUGGGGUUUGUUGCUGGAAAAAAACACGGAGCCUGGCUUUGCCAUCGCCCCGUCCCAGCUGUAGGUCGAGGAGGUCCAGGGUGGGCGGCUUAGCUGAUAAAAUUGGGAUCCCUUUGCAAAAGGCUUGGAUUGAGUUGCUGUCCCCUCCCUGCAGCAGCGUGGGUGUCCUUCAGCACGGGGAGUGUUUUAUCGGCUGUGGGUUUAGCUUGGGAGGUGACUCGCUGGUUUGGCUGGGAGCGAGCCGAGGGCUGGAUCCUGGCAGGCACAUGGCAGAAGGACAGGCAGGGUGGUCAUGGUGGUUUCUGCUGGAUUUAUAAUCCACGAGGCGACAAACAUCUGUCUCCAAACACCCCCAGCAUCAGCAGAGAGAUUCCUAGAGCUGCAGCCCCAUGCCUCGAUCUUCCCAGCUGCAAACCCAGGGCUUAAUUACACCUGAGCUGGCUUGCAGGGCUGCUGUGAGGAUUAAUUAAUUACUAAUUCUGCAGUGCUUUGGCUGUGAAACUCCGACCCCCUCUGGAGUGGACACUUGGGUGUGCCAGCAUUUCCCCUCCCACCCUUGGCUUUCGGUCCCCUGCAUCUUGCUUUCCCAGCUCUGCUUGGAUUUUGGAGAUAAUUUGCUAACGUGGCUCGUAGCAGGGCUGAGCCCAGGAGCGGCAGGUGCUGAGCCCUCUCCUGAGCCCACCACGGUGAUGGGUGCCGCUCUCCACCUCUGCUUUCCCGGGAUAUGUGAAGAUGCUCGGGUCUGGCACCGGGUUUCAGCCUUGCUUUAGCGAUUCUCAGUCUAUUCGCCAGCAGUUCACGCCUGGCAAGGCUGGAGCUCCUUCUUCCUGGUGGGAAGCAGCCAGGCCCCCUCUCCCCAGCCCAGCCGCUCCCUGGCCCCGGCACAGAUGGCUGCUCGGUCCCUGAACCCCCCAUCAAAGCAGUCGCCAUCCGUGUGCUGGCAGCAGCUGGUGCCUGGGGAGUGGGGAUGGAAUUUGGGAAGGUUUUGCCAUCCCUGGAUGAGCGAUUCGGUAUUUCCAGGAUCCUCUCUCGAUGCCCCUCGCUGCUUCCCUGCGGAUGCCCAUAACCCUGCCUUGACUCCCCUUUUGGCAGCAAAACGUUGAAUUUCCCGUGGGAACAGCCUUUCUCAUCCGGAGGGGAGGAGGGCUGGAGUUUGUGGUGCCUGAGCUUCCCCAUCUGCAGUUGCGGAGCAGAUCUUUUUUCCUUAUCCCUUUUGCCUGAGCUGAGCCUGUGUGAGACCCUCGUCUCGCUGGCCGGGCAGGUUUGGGAUGGGGCCAUGGGUGAGCCACUCUGGAGCUGUGCCGGAAUCCCUACCAUUGAUUUGAAAACCCAAGAUACUCAGCUUUUAUCUCCCGUAGGUGAUUCCUAUUGAAACCAAGGGGCUCCAGCCAAGGGCUGAGGGUACCGAGGGCUUGGCUCCUUGCUUUUUUUUUUUUUUUUUUUUUUUUUUAGGGAAGAAAAAAAAAAUAAAAAUAAAGACCAGCUGCAGAGUUUGGAUGCAGAGCUGUUUGGGCUGUCGUUCAGACCUACCUUCGGGCAAUGUUCUGUGUCUGCUAAUUAAUCUCCAGGAAUUUAACAAAUAGCUGGAUGCUAAAGUCAUGUAGCCUUGCAGGGUUAUUUUCUUUUUCCCCUUUGAGUCUGUGAGGGUUUUAACUCAAAGGCCAGCAUGUGUUUCCUCUCCAGCGUCGUAAACCAUCAUUUAGGAUGGGUCAGAAAUUUCAGCCUGAGAUGGUGCCAAGGAAAACGUCCGCAUUUAUCACACAGGAGUCGUGCAUGCCAAGGGUCUCUUCCAGUUUUCUAUAGUCACUGCGUGGUUGCUUAGCCGCAGCUUCCUAGAUGCAAAAACUCCCUGCCAUGGGCAAAUCCUGCUGCUUUUCCAGCGAGGAGGAGGAUGGGGAGCUGCUGGGAGCAGGGGGACCGCAGGUGGCGAUGCUCGGUUGAGGUGUGGGGUCUGGGUGAUGGUAAGUGGGAUUCCUGCCCUAGCCUUCCCGUAGAAACACGUAGCCUUUAUGCUGAUUUAAGUCAAAGAGGUUAUAUAUUAGGAUAUAUAUAUAUAUAUGUAUAUAUGUUUCCCUUCAGUGAAGGAUUGUAGCAAUGUACUGAGCCUCUUGUGUUAGGUAUUUAUUAUAAAAUUCUGUUUGGUUUUGUACAGUAGCUGUCUGGAAAAGAGAGGGGAAAAAAAAAAAGAAAAAAGAAAUAAAUAGUAAUAAAAAAAGACUGUCUUGUUUUAACAUGCUGCUCCCACAUCCCCACUCCGAAACCCGCAGCGGGGUCGGAGAAGGGAUGCCUUUGCUCAUCGUUUAACCACUUCAGUAUAUGACUGGUGUCUCCCUCCUCCCUGCUGCAUCCAAAUCAGGGUGCAAUUGCUGGCCGAGCUGUGUAAGCAUAACAAAUCCUACCGAAAUUAAGCUUUGGACUUUGAAGGGGAGGGAAAAAUAUCGUUUUCUGGGUUUGAGCCUUUUGUCUGUAUUUGUUUUAACUUUUAGAGCAGUCUGUUUGUGACUCUGCCUUUACCCCUUCAAUAAAGGAUUUCCUGCCUCUUA